AGGUGGGAGGCCAACAAACUCCGUUUCAGAAACGAGCUGUCACAGCUUUGCGGCAAAAUCAUAUGGUGCUGGGGGAGAAAGAGGCUCUGGGACUGUGGGCCCAGGUGCAGGGCAGGGGAGCCAUGUCAGAAGUGCAAUGGAAGGGAAGCAGGAGAAGAGGAGGAGGGGGAGUGAGGACGAGGAGAUGGACGUGCGGCGGAUCGAUGGCUUGGGCUUGAAUAAUGACUCGGAGGAGGCUGCGGCAUGUAGAGAUUUAGGGGAUGCGAAGAAAGAUGAUGUUGGAAAUACUUCGAAUGCCAAUAAUAUGGUCUCAGGUGGUGGAGAAAAGAAAGGGAAGAAGAAGGGCACCGGUGCAAAGAAUCUUAUGGCUGAGAGGAGGAGGAGGAAGAAGCUGAAUGACCGGCUUUACAUGCUCAGAUCCGUUGUUCCAAGAAUCAGCAAGAUGGAUAGAGCUUCUAUUCUUGGAGAUGCCAUCAAGUACUUGAAGGAGCUUCUGCAAAGGACGAAUGAUCUUCACAAUGAAAUCAGGUCAACACCUUGCAGUACUUCAAUAUCUGCUACAACUAAGACAAGCUUGCACCCAUUGGCACCCACAUCACCAACUCUGCCUUCCCGUGUCAAGGAGGAACGCCCCACCAAACCACCAAGGGUUGAAGUGAUGGCAAAAGAGGGCCAAGUAGUGAACAUUCACAUUAGCUUGGUUUCCACCCUAAGGACACUUGAAAGCCUUGGCCUUGAUGUCCAACAGGCAGUUAUCAGCUGUUUUGAUGGGCUUGCACUUGAUGUUUUUCGAGCUGAGCAAUGCAAGGAUGGACCUCGAGUUCCACCUAAAGAAAUCAAAGCUGUGCUCUUGCAAUAUGUCGGCUAUCAAAGUGGAAUGUAGCUAAAUAAAAUUAUGGAAGGAUUUGUAAAGUGACCAACUAUAAUUAUAAAUAUAUUUUAGUUUUAGCAGGCUUU